AUGGUCGGCGGCGGUGGACUGCGGCGACGGUGGUGGACGACGGUGGACGACGGUGGGCGGCGAUGGGCGGUGCAGUGGGUGGCGGCGCGGCGGUGGUCGGCGGUGGUGGACGGCCGUGGUGGCGGUCGGCGGCGGUUGGCGGUGGUCGGCGGCGGAGGUGGCUGCGAUGGUUGGCUGCGGUGGACGGCGGCAAUGGUGGUGGACGGCGGUGGGUUGUCGGUGGGCGACGGCGACGGCGGCGGGUGGGCAGCGAUCGCCGCGAUUGUGGUCGGCACGGGGCGGUUGCAGAAACGGUGGUCGGCGGAGGCGGAUGGGCUUCUGGCGGAGAAAUGA